CAAUAGGUGGUGGAGAAGAGAUGAGAAGAGCGGAGGAGGAGGAGGAGUGGGGUUCAUGUUAAAGAGGAUUACACCUGCUUGAGGCCAUCUGUGGCAUUCCCGAACUGACCAACCUACCUAAUUAUAUUUGACAGAUCAGUUACUAGCAAACUCACUGACAACACAAUAUCAGUCUGUCUCAAGCAGUCGCCAUUAAACCUCGGAUACAACAGGUGUCAGCUGAACUCAUUAGGCUAAUUAACUAUGUGAAUGUUUUAGAACAGAUUGCGGAUAAUUAGUUGAUUGAAUUUGAUAUGAUUUAAAAGUAUUUUUUUCAUUAAGUAAUUAACUUAAAAAUAAAGCUUCGUGCUGCAGAUAAUAUGAAAUAUCUAGCUGAACAUACCAUCAGCCAGAGAUGCAUACGUGUGUGCGACGUCAUCACGUUGACAGCGUCCCACCUACGCGCCCGCGUCCCUCUCCAAUGGCAACCCAGUGCGCUUGUGUCGGUUGUUAAGGAUGGAUUCCCUCACAGAGAAUGAAAUAGCACAGAUAGCGAGACACCAGAGAGAGGCUGGCGUGCAGAGGCUCAGCUGCCACUUCUCAUGGCCCGAGUUCUGCGAUGAACGCCGGUGCUUCCAUCAGGAGUUUGUGUAUGAAGUCGCCAUGUUCUCUGCGGCCUGUGGCUUCCCCUGGCCUGACGUGAUUCGGGCAGCUGUGAUGGCCAAAGACCUCUUCCCUCAGCUGGACGAUCUUGACGUACCCAAACUACUGUCCCUACUGAGAGAAGCGCUGCCUGAGCAUUUACCAAACCUUACCUCUGUCCACCAACAUAAGUUCACCCAGUUCCUCACAGACACCUGCAUCAACCGGCGGAGGCUUUUCCAGGCGGUGGUAGGGGGAGCUGCUAACAUGUCCAUCGCUCAGCUACACUUAGAGGUGCAGUUACCACCCACACCCUGUCCUCUAGCACAGGGCACAGAUCUGCAUGAGUGGGAGCAUCAGCGUCAUCAAGCUGAGCUCAGCUCAAUGUUGCGACAUAAGGAGGAGAAGCUGCAGAUGCUCCGAGAAGGGUCAAGGGUAACUCUGGGGGAGGUUGAUGUUCCUGAGGAUGAGCAACUGGACAAGGAGGGUGUUUUGGCGUUGGUUCGUGCAGCUGUGAGGGCCACAGAAGGCCAGGUGCUGGCAAGUCUGAACCAAGAGACCUCCCUGCUCAGUGACAUCCUGCAGCUCAAACUGCAGCAGGCAGCAUUGGCCACCGGGAGGCUCCACAACCCUGUUACUUCCAACACAGGUCAAGUCAACUUACUUCCAGAUGCACAAGCAAAGGCAAAGCUGCACACAGCAAAAGCAGGACUGAGGGAGUCUGGGAAUGCAGUGUGAAUAAAGCUAAUGUGAAGAAAACAAAUAAAUGAAUCUCACUACUGUACUGGAAAUUUGAUGUCAGGUUAAUUGUCAAAAACAGACUGGACUACAAAAAUGUUCACAACCGGGCUUUGAUCAUGUGUAUAGACCAUGUUUCUUACAAAAGAAAUGUCAUAAGAACUGGUUUCAUACAUUAUUUAUUUUUUCAAAAAAGUCAUUUUUUUGAUUUGACAGCAAAAGCUGCAAAUAAUAUAAUUAAAGAAAACGUCAACAUAAAAAACAAACAAACAGCGAGCUCUAAUACCCGCUCCCUUCAUUCUACAUGUCUCUUCCACAGAGCUUA